CUUAAUCCAAUGACAUUCGUCCCGCCUUUCCUCGCAUAAGUCUUCGUAGCGCUGCCUAGAAGUCGUGAUCAGGAAUCCACAUGAUGCGCCACCGACUUCGAAAUGUUGGUGCCUGAUCGUAGUUCGUAUUGCACACGCGUCUGUUGAUAGCCACUUCACACGGUUAUUAUUUUUCUAGAUGCGAAAGAAAAGUAUGUGCUCGACAUUGAACCCAACAACUAUUUAGACUGGCCGAUCCCAAGGCGAUGUAGUUGAUGGUAUGACUUCAUUGAUCGUCGACCCGAACUAUCCGCAAUCUCAACAUGAAGAUUAUUAUUGUUGGCGCAGGAAUCUGCGGGCUGUCUACCUAUCUACACCUUCGCAAACAUUUGUCCAGCGAGCAUUCGAUAAUCAUCUAUGAAUCGCACGCUCCUCGCUUUUAUGCAUCAAAAUAUCCACCAACCCCUGCCGACGUAGACACAUCUCCCGAGGGAUUCAACCUUGACGACUUAUCGAAAUCUACGGUACUGGUAGGCGGCGGUCUAGGCAUCUCUCCCAAUGGAUUGGGAGUUUUACGAAGACUUGAUCCGGAAUUGCAUGCCGCAGUUAUAGAACAGGGCUUCAAAGCUGAGCACUACGUGUUUAAGGGUGCCAAUGGAUGGACGCUUGGGAAGCAGAAAACAUCGGACAAGGGUGUCCAUCCAGAUAGCGUUGAGGAAGAGGCAACUGUUGCUAGUUCUAGGCAUGGUCUUUGGGAAACAAUUCGCAAGUAUGUCGGUGAUGGAGUGGUACAAUACAGAAGGAUAACGCAUGUCGAACGCGACGAAGAGACCGGGAAGACAAUUGUAAAAGGUAUAGAUGGAGAAGGCAAUACAAUCGACGAUGUAGCAGAUCUCUUGAUCGGUGCAGAUGGUUCACGAAGCAUAGUACGGACAGCGCUAUUUGGGACUGACGAAAAGUACCAGGCAUACUAUCUGUCAGUUCUGGGCCUCUAUCCUGCACAUUCCAAGCUAACGACUUAUAGUGGCCAGUCAGGUGUAGGAGGAUUCUUGAGAACAGAAAUUCCUGAUGAAAUCCUUCAAGAUCGUAGAAUGGUUUUCACUUUUGGCAGAAAUGGUUUCUUCGGAUACUCAUCGGCUGGUCCUCCGUCCGCUAAAUCCUUGAUGUGGUGGUCUACGUUUGAGACAUCAAAUCUUCCACAGACAAAAGCCAUUGACUCGGCCUCCAUCAAACAGGAAUUGAGGGACCGCCACAAGAACUGGAAGGAUCCUAUCCUACACACUGUGCUCGAUCAUGCUGAAGUUGAGUCCAUCUAUCCAACAUGGGUAGUGCCUGAGCUUCCACAUUGGGGCGAAAACGGAAUAGUGCUCGUAGGAGAUGCUGCGCACGCUUUGGACCCGACCACGGGGCAAGGCGCAAGCCAGGCUUUGGAAGACUCAGAGACAUUAUCGUUAUUGCUUGCAAGGUGUCUCAAACUGGGCGAGGACGGCAAACUGAAUGAGAGAGAAGCCAAUGCACUUGCUAUCAAGCUUUUCCACGAAAUCCGAGGUCCUCGGAUCCAUAAGAUUGUCGAGCGUGGAAAGAAGAUCUCCGGUCAGAAAGGAAAUAUGAGUAUUGUGGCAGAAUACUUCAUGUACUUCUUCCUUUGGACAGUGAUCCAUGUUCCGGCAAUUGGUAUGUUCAAGCAAAUGAUAUAGUGUUCGAAGAAUGACUGAUCCUUGAAACAGGCAAAGCCAUGAUUGGAGAUACCAAUAUGGAGCUGUAUGGUUGGUCGGCAGAAGCUGAGGUAGACAAAGCGCUGAAAAGUCGAGACCCAGAUUGGCUAUACGAACAAACGCGUACCAUAUCAUCCUGAGUAGGGCAAUACUCACCCUGUCUUCAGUCGGUCUGUGGGUGCGAAUAAUCGGACGACUCUCCCCGAAGUAGAACAUUCCGCGAUUUUAAUGAUCGAAUCGGAGUGACCCUUACAUCCAUUUGGCAAUAUGAUUGGUGAUAAGCUUCUUGAAAACCUCCAAUUGCUUUUCGUGCAUGAUAAGUCUGGCCUGCUGCAACUCGGGACGUGCUUUGAGCGUUUGAUCAAUACGAUGCUGAGUGCCGCCAUAAACAACUGUAUAGUCUGGCAAACUUGUACUGCCCGGUAUGAUGGUG